CUGCAUUCCCCGAUCGAUCGCGGCCGACGCGCUCCUCAGCCAGCCAGCUAGCUCGCCUUCCCGCCGCCGGCGGCGGCGAUUCGAUUCCCGACCGCUGCAGCCUGCAGGAGUACGCGCCGGUGCUUUCCAGCUCCCACGCCUGAUCGCCGGCCACAGGAUGGAUGAUGAUUUUGCUGCAGCCGAAGCUGAGCAGCUUGAAGAGGUCCUCCGACUCUCGGCUCAGUCCACGACGAUGGCAUGUGCGGUUUGCAGACUGAUGACAGUAUCACUGGAAGCAUCAUGGAAACCUGAGAAUUGUGAUCAUGUCAUCUGUAUUGACUGCUUCGCCAAAUACACAACAGAGACAGUGGCCACAGAGAUGCCAAAGUGCCCGGUUGCUUCUUGCGAAUAUCAUGUCGAUCCAGAGAUACAUGAAUUUAUGGAAGUAGACGAUGAUGGCAGCCUGAUCGCAAUCAAAGAGAUCGAUGAUGGCAAAGGGAAGGAACAUCCCUAUAAUGGGCUGCAAGAAUCCGGCCAAGGUUCCGGCCGCGGCACGAUGAUGUGUGCAGUUUGCAGGCUGAUGAUCGUAUCGCUGGAAGCGUCGUGGAAACCUGAAAACUGUGAUCAUAUCAUCUGCAUCACCUGCUUUGCCAGAUACACAACCGAGAGUACGGCCACCGAGAUGCCCAAGUGUCCGAUUACUUCUUGCGAUUCUCUGUUGAAGCCAGACACACCACAAGUGAUCAAUACGGACGAUGAUGGUGAUGCUGGCAGCUCGUCAUCGACCAGAGUGGUAGACAAAGGCAAGCAACCGUGCAACGCCGUGCUGCAAGAGCUCGGCCAAUGUUCCAGCGGCACGACGAUUGCCAACGACUUCUACUGCACCAUCUGCAUGGAGGAAGUGCCUGCCAUAGAAUGCUUCCCGGUGGACGGGUGCACGCACGCGUUCUGCGUCAGCUGCGUGAGGCAGUACAUUGCGGCGAAGGUGGAAGAGAACGUGCUGCCCAUCAGAUGCCCCGACCCGGGCUGCAAGGACGGCACGCUCCAGCCGGAGGCGUGCCGGGACGUGAUCCCGACGCCGCUGUUCCAGCGGUGGGGCGCCGCGCUCUGCGACAUGGCGCUCGAGGGGCUCAAGUUCUACUGCCCCUUCAACGACUGCUCGACGCUGCUGGUCGACGACCACCAGGACGGGGACGCGGCGAUAAGGGACGUGGAGUGCCCCCACUGCUCCCGCAUGUUCUGCGCCCAGUGCAAGGUGCCGUGGCACGACGGCGUCGACUGCGCCGAGUUCCAGCGGCUCGGCAAGGACGAGCGCGGGCGGGAGGACCUGCUGCUGAGGAAGGUCGCGCAGGAGAGCAAGUGGCGGAGGUGCGCCAAGUGCAAGAUGUACGUCGAGAGGGUGGAAGGCUGCGUGUACAUUGUCUGCAGGUGCGGCCACCACUUCUGCUACCUGUGCGGCUCCGCGAUGGUGAAGGGCAACCAUCGUUGCAGCAAGUGCAAGCGUACGUGGUGAUCGGUGAAUGGUCUGCAGAUGCCCGGCGCUACUUCAGGGAAGCAAGUUCAUCAUGUCAGUACUCUCGAUUGGGUUAAAAGCUGGACAAUAGCCUACUUGGGUAUUACUACUGAUUUAGUUAGCAUUAAUUAGCUCGUGCAGCUCUGAUGCCAUUGCUAAUGUUAGUGGACAUCAGAAGUUGCAACUAUAUGAGCUCCAUUAGUAAACAUCACUAUUCUAAUCCGAAAAAAGGUUUCCCCCCGCUUUAGAUUAUAAAGCAACCAACAUCCACAACCAAGCCAUCGAUACAAACGCACACCACACACACCCAAGACGAGAUACAAGGAUGCCGGGCACCGACACACACCCUCAACGACUAC